AUGCCAAUCGCAACUGACGGCAUGCCCAAGGCCUUGGACUACCACGACACCUGCUUCCAUGCACCUCGAUCACGAAAGGUCCUGCUGUUGGCAUCGCUGGCUGUCAGGGGCCACAGCAUCGAGGGCGAAAAAGCCACCCUCAUUCCGAAGUCCGUAAAGCCCUUGGCCACAGAGCUUCAAAGGCAUGUGCUCUUCGCAGGUCUCUGGUUCACUUGGAAGCGGAUUUCUUGGUUGGCCUCGGCAGUUCGCUGGCAUGGAUCUGCCUUUCGGCAGCGAGCUCUCCCUGGCAGGGGCCUCCCAGGUCCCCGGGAGCACAAUGCCCGCGCCCAGCCAUCAAAGCCAGCAGACCCCAGGCGUUUCCUGGGCCAGCAUGUGAGGAACUUUGAUGACCAUCGCGCCUCGGGUCCUGCCGCCACCAGUCCUCGCCAACGGCCCGGGAGCCGACACGGCAGCAAGGAGGCCCAAGAUGCGCACGGCGAGUUCUUCCACCCAGGCAUCACGGAGUUGGAUGCUCAGCUCCUCCACGCCGUGCGCCACGGCGACGCCGAGGCGGCUGAACGAGCGCUGCAAGCUGGAGCCGCUCCUGACUGCAGGACCCUCCGGGGCCAGACGCCCCUCAUGCUUGCGGCCACCGCCAGCCACGACGGGUCCCUGCAGCUGGCCACGAUGCUUCUCGAAGCCCGGGCCCAGGUCGACGCUCUCGAUGAGAAGAGGCAGACCCCUCUGAUGCACGCUUGCGGCUCCCACAACAUCGCCACUGUCGACCACCUCCUGGAAGCCAAGGCCUCCCUGCACUGCCGUGCGGCAGAUGGAAAGACCAUCCUCAUGCAGGCCUUCGUGGGAACGGAAGACAUGAAGCUCGUAAGGCACCUGGUGCACCGGCACGCGGCGGUGGACGCCGUGGACAAUUCCGGCUGGUCCCUGCUUUUCUACGCAUGCGACCCGCUGCACCUGGAGCUGAUCAGGUGGCUGUACACGCGCUUCGGCGUCGAUCUCGAGGCCCCAGCGCCGGAUGGCACCACGCCGGCGGAGCUGCUGCGGAGACAGGGGUUGGGUCAGCCGCAUCGCUGGCUAGGUCGACGCAGGCGGUCGGACAUGGACUACCUGCUUAUCGACUUGGGCCUUCAGGCCCCCGAUGAGGGAGAGGGCAGCCACUCCCCCCCCACAUCGGCCCGCCGUGGGCCGGAGUCUUCUGAGCCACUGGCUCCAGGGCGCCGCUACAGCAAGCGGCAGUCCGUACAAGGACCGCGCCUAAGCGUGCACAGCAAGGACUCGCACUCCAGCGGCCAGUCGCGUCGGAGGGGGAGCAAAGGCGAGGGCACCGACUCCACGGAACUACCUCUCAGCCUACCGGCCGAGGCGCACGGCUCUUCGAGAAGGGGCAGCAAAGGCCCCAAAUCGGAGCAAGGGCCGCGCCUGAGCGUGCUCAGCAAGGACUCGCACUCCAGCGGCCAGUCGCGUCGGAGGGGGAGCAAAGGCGAGGGCACCGACUCCACGGAACUACCACUCAGCCUACCGGCCGAGGCACGCCGCUCGUCGAGAAGGGGCAGCAAAGGUGACAGUUCGGAGACCGCGGUACUGUCGCACACUCUCCCGGCUGAGGAUCUUGAAGACUGCAGCGCUGUGGUCACCAUGCAUGUAGCAGCAAACGGCGAGCAAUUCCGGGAUGUGUUCAUCCGGGAUCCUCCGAACAAAAACGCGCCUGGAAUUCACAACGAGCAGGAGCUCAUGAACCGCAUCGCGGACCUUGGCUACGAUGUGGUCUGA